AUGGUGAUAGUACAAGGCGAAGGAAUUAAGAUUCCAAGAUCAAUUUGGAAACUUGGUAGAGUCGAAAGUCUGCCCAAGAGCAACGAUGGAAGGGUUCGAGGAGCUGUUGUCAAGACUGCAAAGGAAGACGGGUUACGAUGUUACGACAGACCUAUUAAAAAGUUGUAUCCCUUGGAGAUGAAUUACGAGUCUAACGAAACCGAAUCUACAACCGAUCAAGAGCCUGCGAUUGUGCCUGUUCGAAGAUCAACGAGAACUGCAGCAGUUGUGGGAAAUCACCGCAGACAAUUAAUUGACCAGUGGAUAAAUGAAAUGGACUAA